ACAUGUCUAACAUAACCUCAAAUUAAAGCAAGGUUAUGAAUAUAUCUUCGAAUUUUAUUGUUUUAUAAUUUUGCUUAAAGUAUUUACUGGGAGAAGAAAUAGAAAAACACAUAAUAUGAUAAAUGACGGUAAAAAACACGUUGAAUUUUUGGUGGUGGACACCACAGCUUUCAUACAAAAUGCUCCACUUCAUGAUGUUGCUGAUGUAAUCAUUACCUGCCAAGAUGUAGUGGAUGAAAUAACUAAUAAGCGACAAUUAAGAAGAUUGGUCGCCUUGCCCUAUGACCUGGUUAUCAAAGAUGUCUUCACAGAAAAUAUCAAAGCUGUAACUGAAUUUUCAAAAAAAACUGGUGAUUACCCUAGUUUAUCUGCAACAGAUAUUAAAGUAAUGGCUUUGACUUAUCAGCUGGAGAAAGAAAAAGUUGGUACUGAACAUCUAAGAACCGAACCUGUCUUGCCAAGGCCUGAAAUCAAUACAGAGAGGCCAGCCCAAGAUAUGAAAGCUGAUAUAACUGGAUUUUUUCUACCAGGAGCGCAUAAUCAAAAUACAAUUGAGCCAGAAAUUAACGAUCCUGAGAAUAAAAUGCCCACAAAUGAAGAACAAUCAUGUAAACUGAACCCAACAGAUGAUAAAUUGGCAUCGAAGUUUGAAAAACUAGAUUGUGAUGACAGCAGCGACCUAAAACCUGAAGAAGAUAUUUUAGUGCCGGUUUCACAAACUAGCACAGAUGAAUGUUUUGAAGAAAAUUCCUCAGAGGAUGAGGAGGAUGAUGAUGAUGAUGAUGAUAACUCAGGAUGGAUCACACCUUCAAAUCUAUCACAGGCCAAAAAACAGGUUAACUCACAACUAAUGGAAGAGAAGAAUGUUUCAGUGGCCUGCAUGACAACAGAUUUUGCUAUGCAAAAUGUUUUGAGGCAAAUGAACCUUAAUGUGGCAGCUUUGGAUGGCAGGAUAAUAAAACAAUUAAGAACUUAUGUAUUGAGGUGUUAUGCAUGCUUUAAGAUUACCAGCAUCAUGACAAAGAAAUUUUGCCCCAAAUGUGGUAAUAAUACAUUAAAGAAAGUUGCAGUUUCAGUGGGAGAUGACGGAAAAAUGCAGAUUCAUAUCAACCCAAAAAGACAAAUAACUGGCAGAGGCAAAAAGUACAGUCUGCCAAAAAUAAAGGGUGGGAAACAUCCUAAUAAUCCUAUAUUGGUGGAAGACCAGCCAAUGGCAGAUAAUCGACCAACUAGACUAGCAAAGAUGAAGAAUAAUCCAUUGGAUGAUGAUUAUAUUGCAGGGUUUUCUCCAUUUGUUAUGAGAGAUGUGAACUCCAAAUCUGCCCAACUUGGCAUCAGACCAGGAGCUGAAUUUAAGCAAUGGAUGAAAAAGAAUCCUAAUGAAUCAAGGAGAAGAAGAAAAUGAAAAUGUUGUGUCUAAUAAAAAAUAUCUACCUUUCAACAAUGUAUAAUUAAGUAUAUAUAUUUUUUGUUAAUAGA